AUGGCUGAGAAGAGAAUAGAACAGUGGGAACUCGAGCGAUACUGGGAGAUUUUCUCCUCGCUUUCCAAUGGCCACCCACACCUCAACAACGCGCAAGCCGCAACAGUCUUAAGAAACAGCCGAUUAAGAGAUAACCAGCUAGAGAAGGUGUGGGAUUUGGCAGAUGUUGAUGGAGACGGAGAGCUGGACUUUGAGGAGUUUUGUGUUGCGAUGAGGCUUAUUUUUGACCUCGUUAAUGGAGAAUACACCGACGUACCCCAUUCAUUGCCAGAUUGGCUAAUUCCGGAGUCCAAGGCACAUCUUGUUCAAGCUACACAGGCGCUAUCAGGGCGGCAGCCUCAAUUUGAACGGGUUGAGGACGAUGACGAUACACCUGGCCUCAAGGACGGGUUUGACUGGUACAUGAGUCCGAACGAUAAGUCCAAGUAUGAGGAGAUAUAUUCCGCGAACGAAAGUCGUGGAGAGAUAACAUUUGAAUCACUCCAACCCCUCUACGAUUCCCUUGCCGUGCCCGAUACCGAUAUCCGUUCCGCCUGGAACCUCGUCAACCCCUCCGCCUCCCCUACAAUCUCCAAAGACGCUACCCUCGCCUUCCUCCAUAUCCUCAACAACAGACACGAAGGCUAUCGCAUUCCCCGCACUGUCCCUGCCUCCCUCCGUUCUUCUUUCGAAUCCAACAAAAUCGACUAUCAACUUAACAAUGCCCGCCCCGCGCAACGAUGGGGUGCUGACACUAAUGUAGACACCAGUACUGGUCGUAAAGCUAAAUUUGGGGACGCGUACCUGAGCCGACUAGGUGUUGGCGGGAGAACUACAUAUCGUCCCCAGGGGACGGAUUUUAGCAGCACGAUACAAGAUGAGGAGUGGGAGAAGGUGCGGUUACGGCGUGAGCUGGCGGAGUUGGAGAAGAAAUUGGAGGCUGCUAAUUCUGCUGCGGAGUCCAGGAGGGAUGGGCGAAGAGGUGGUGCUGUCAAUGGCGGGCCUAAUUGGCUGCUUAUUAAGAAGGAAGCGCUGCAGAUGUUGGAGUAUAAGGAGAGGGAGCUGCGGGAGCUGAAAGAGGGGACGGGCCGCGUUAAGGAAGGAGAGAGUCUGGAGAGAUUGAGGGAGGAUGUGAAGACGGUUGGUGAACAAGUGGAUGGCUUGAAGGCGCAUUUGGCGAAGCGGAAUGAGACUUUGGCGGAUUUGAAGGAGCAGAUUCGGGAGGAGAAGAGGGGUCGGUGA